AUGGCGGCUCUGGCGAGGUGUUCGUUUGGAAGGUUGCAGAAAAAAUGUUCCUUUAUCUCGAGUUUAAGGUGUUCAAAUUUACCAAAACGCUCUCAGGUGGUUAAGCCAAUCCUAUCCCUUGGAAGGUGUGUUCCAUCUUUUUUUAUAAGAUUGUUAAUAUUAACGAAAUGGGAUGACUAUGCUGUAUUAUGUAAUAUUAUUGGGGUGUUUGGGACGAAAUGCGCAUUUUUAUCUCGUUUCUUCUUUGAAUUCCGUUUCUGUUGUCUCUCGAAAUGUUUGGCCUUGUAGAACCUUCGUAUUGAAUCUACGUGGAAGCUAUUUUGAAGCAUAGGCAAUCACUAUCCUUGCAAUUCUCAACGUAAGAAGACAUCUUAUAUUGUAAUUACACAGGAUUACACGAAGCAUGAGCCGUAAAUUUUUCAAAUUUGGCCAGAUAAUAGAAAUUUUGUUUGGAAGGAUAAUUUAUCAUGUAUAGCUAAUGGCUGCCCCGCUUCUGUAGUUAUCUGGAUUUCUCCAUCUUGUCUCUGACUUUAACUCUCUAGUUACAUGAAUUCCUCUCUGUAUGAGUUUACUUCAUAUCAGGUUGUUUGGUGUUUUUUACAGCUUACAAGUGGCACAUAGGGCAUAUUGUAGCCCUGCUAAGGAAACUUCAGACGAAGAUUUAAAAAACCAGCCAAUACGUUUUUCUACUUCAAGGGCACGGAGUAUAACAGUUGGUCAAACACUAGGAGAAAGAAAAAAGAGCACAUCUAUGGUGACAGUCUAUGUGAGUCUUACAAUCAUGGUCAUAUUGACGUACAUUAUCUUCUUCCUGCCACCCUCUAAACAAGAUGAAGAAGUAUUGGAUGUUCUAAAUGCCAGCAUGGUGGCAAAUGAGCAGGACAAAGGACAGUGA